AUGCAUAAAUACCCCGUUUUUUAAACAGAAAUGUACAUUCUUCGUUAACUUCCGAGUGGAAGAGCAUCGCCGGUUGGACGCUGCAGAAGAACCAAAAGUCAGCUCAGCGGAUCGAAUCGAAGACGGCCCUGCAAGAACCGACACGGUGUAAUUUAUCCCACACUUACCAGAAUUGACCUAGAGUACCGACGGAGGCAAAAUGAACAGUGCAACUGACAAGGACGACAAGGACCAGACGGAGAGCAGCCAAGACAAGCAGGCCGAGAAGGGCGCAGGGACCGGUGGGGAACAGAAAGAGUCCACGGACGGCACACAGCCCCGAGCCAAAGACGAGACGGAGGGGCUGGAGGUCACGGCCAAGCAGGCUGCGGUGGCGCUCGUCGCGGACGACACGCCCAAAGGGCGGCGGAAGAGACGGCGAAACCUGAGGCGGCUCUUCUCCUGCUUCCGGCGCAUCGUCCGGAGCUUGGAGGAUGAGGAAGAGGAAGACGAGGACGGAGACUGCUGUGGGUGCUGUGGGUGUGAUGAUGACGAGGAUUAAGACGAAGAAGGAUCCAUUCCCGUGCUACGUCUGACCUACAUGUACGUGGACCUAAACGCAACAUGCACGUUGGCGAGGUUGAGAAUUUCUAAUUAAGAACACCUGUCCGCGCAGGCGCACAUCAAACGGGGGAAAAUUCAGCACGGGGUGGGUGAGUUCAAAGACUUGAGAACAGUGUGUUAUGAUACUGCAUUAAAAGUUUUAAAAAUUAAAAGUUAACACUUUCUGUACUAUGUUACCCAAUUACCACCGGUACGCAAUGGCGACUGGACCCGAAAAGGGAAUUAGAAAAGGCAAAAUAAGCUUUGACAUGAUGGCCCUGCACUUGGAAGUUAUGACAACUGUUGGUGCAGUGUGCAUUGUCAAUGAAUUCUCACUAAUGAGGUCUUUGAGUUUUUUUUUUUUUGGUUGGAACAAACAACUAGAGGCCACGAAGAAUUAUAAAAACACAUUCCUCCAAAUCUUACCCGCCUUUCAAACGUAACCCGAGACUCAAAUCCAAAUUCACCUUUACACAACUCCACUGGCUUUUCUCCAACAUUUUAAUCGUUACGUUUGCUGCGUAACAGCUCUGGUGAGAAAUGCACGUACGACUAGAGUUAAGACACAUCACAGGAGAUGCACAGAAUACUACCGCCAAGGACCCGGCCCUAACCCCCCCCCAAGAAACAAUCUUAUUAAAGCCACUUGUUAAUACCUGUUGAACUUGACAAAAUAUAAAAAUCCAAUAUUGUACACUGCGUCUACAUCUAUAUUUACAUAUGGUGUGAUUCGGUAAACGACGAGUGAAGGUGAUUUAUUACAGUCCUAACAAAUGAACGGAAACUCUUACAACAUACAAACGUAGCUAGAAUUUCGGAACACACUUAGUACACACAGUGCAAGUUUCUUAUCCCUUGUGUCGUACAUAUUUGUAAGGGUAUUCGAUACGCGGUAUUCGAAUGUUUAGGACGUCCCUCUAUAGGAAACGAUUAUUUUAAGUCUUUCAGUAAUUUCAUUUCGAGACAAACAAUUAUAAUAUACGAGAGUGGCUCAUCGUAGAUUACAAACCGCUAUGAGACUAAGUGUCUCUAGUUGGGAGAAAGUCGGAAGCUUUGAAUGGACACCGGGACGAAAGACGGAAGCUUUGAAUGGACACCGAGGCUCAGGGCUAUAUCUCAAGAGUUGAUAUAAUGAUUAUAGAGUUGGGAGCUUAGGCCCAUAUCGCUUGAAAGGCAUUCUAGGAAAUAUAUUCUGCGAUGUAUGCUGUUUAGGAAACUGUCUCGGGGUUCAAUAACACCACGCUUCUCGUUUCAUUGCCAAUAAAUAAUUUAUUAUCAGUUUCGAACAGACAUGUUAGCUUUGUGGUGGUUCUGGCGAAGCUGUUAAUAAGCUUUUAAUGACCAACCUCACAGAUAGUUGUGAAGAUGAGAAUGUUUGCCAGUUUUCCCUGGAUUUGAAAUCCGGAAAUGUAUCCAUUCACUUCUGUCGAGGUAAAAGUUGAAGUUGAUAGUGUUUUACUUUCUGUUUAUUAGCUACUCGGAUGGAGCCGUUACAGUUUGCUUUCUGCUGAAGGAAACAGGAAGCUACUCAAAUAUGUGGGACUGAACAUUUCGAUAGUCACACGCUUCUCCCUUUCUGACAUCUUCGGUGGCUUAGAAAUUACAUUAUCGAUUUUUUUCCCUAUUUUUUUGGGGGGGGGUGGAUGAAACAUUGCAUCGCUGCUUCCCAGCAGUCAAGCCGUGAAAGUCUGUGGUCUUAUGAAUGUUUCAAUCCAGCACUACAUGCAUUAUAGGGCUAGUGUCUUUAAAAUGAAAGCAUCUUCUGUUCAGGGUGAAAUCUGAACAACUUAUUUCCCUGUAAAUUAAUCUGCGCGGUCGAGUAAACAUCAAUAUGCUUAAAACGAAAAGCUGUAUGCAUAAUUCUUCGAGUAGGUGCUUAGUUUCCUUAGCUUUUGUUUUAAGACACAUGUGGUUAUUCAAAGUAUGUAUCUCUAUGUAAAUGUGUGAUAAUCUGGAGACUGCAACCAGAAAUAAAGUGAUACCUGUGAAAGCUGUAGGGGUCUACGCAAAGGAGAAA